AUGCAGGUCGGCGUCAACUCGAUCACGAUGCCCUCGACAGAUUCACCACCUUCAAACAACGAGGGCCAAAGUCAGCCAGAGAACGAGCAACCGAACGGUCCAAAGCGCCAGAAGUCCCGGCACAGAGCUUCAGUGGCGUGCGCGACUUGUAGAGAGCGACGUAUUAGAUGCGUGGUUCCCCAAGGCGAUUCAGAAUGCGUUCAGUGCAGACGAGCUGGGACUGAGUGCAUUAUCAAGAACGACGAUGAGCGGAGGCGGCCCAUAUCGCGAGCUUACAUGAGCACUCUGACGGAUCGAGUUGCUUUGCUGGAAGGGAUGCUCAAGGACCAUGGUUCUGAGCCGCCUCCUGUGGUUUAUCCUCCGAAGACUACAAGAGGCACUUUAACUGGCGAUGGCGAAAGCUCUCCGAGCCGCCAGUCAUACCACCCGCGGCAGAGCUCGACUAAUCGUGAACCUGCCAUACCGGAGAACACGAGUCCCAGUAGCCUACAUGUGAUGGAAGAUGCUGGGGAGGGAUCACACGGUGGCUCUAAUGCCAGCGUGGACGGACAGCGAGACCGGGGCGAGCAGGAUGCCACUCAGGGAACGCCCAUCGACGACAAGAAGGUCGGCAUUCUCAGUAGACUCCUCUCAACACGCGGACAUCUCUCCUUCGACCAGAUAUCUGGCAGAUUGCGCUACUACGGUCCGACUGUCAACAGUCACAUCUACUCCGAGCUGGAAGUCGACGAUACGAAGAGCAAUCGUGAUAACCUGGAGCAAGCGAGGCGAGCAGAGAAGGUCAUCCGGACACUACCGAUGGAGACGCACGAGUACCUCAUGUCCUUGUUUUGGCAACAUUACAACGGCGUGCUGCACGUUGUUCACGAAGAGGCGUUCAACGAGGAUAGAGAGGCCGGUAGGACAGGCUAUUACAGUGGCUUCUUACACAUCUGUAUCCUUGCCAUGGGCUAUCGAUUUGCGGACAAGUCAAGAGCAGAUAUGCAGCGUAUCGCACUGCCGGAUCGAGAGAGCACUUUGCACCGAGAAGCGAAAUAUAUGCUAGAUUUGGAAUUGGAACGGCCAGGCGGCAUGCCUUCAGUCGCCGCUCUACUGAUACUGGGAGAUUCUGAAGUCGGGGUCGGUCGGGACAACGUGGGUUGGAUGUACGCCGGAAUGGCUAUGCGAUUGUGCUACGACAUUGGUCUACAUCUGGACAGUCGACAGAGCGGCAUGACACAACGAGAGAUUGAUAUUCGCAAGAUGACGAUGUGGGCUUGUGUGAUCUAUGACCGGUACUGGUCUCUGUUCCUGGGCAGGCCGACUACGAUGAAGAGUGCGGAUUUGGAGAUUUAUUCGCUCUCGGACCACUUCGAGCGACUUGGGACAUGCAUGCCGGCCACCUCAGAAAGGAGUCUUAACACCCGCAUCUACGAGGCGUUGAUCGACCUGAUGGAGAUUGCCGGCAAGAUUGUCGAGAACACGGAGCACAGGAAAAUGUACAAUGAGCAGACCCCUGAUCAAUCGGCAUACUUCAGGAUGGCUGCUCUCGAUCGAGAGAUCCAUAAUUGGGCUGCUCGACUGCCAGCAGAUCUCCGCUACACUGAAGAAAACCGUGCAACGGCGCCAUUCUCAUUCUAUCUAUUGCACCAGCAGUACCACGCAGUGCUGAUAUUGCUCCACCGACCCUUCGCCCGCUACGACGAUCCCAACAACCAGGAAUCCGAAGAGGUCAGCGCCCUAGACAGUCACUUCUCACGAGCAAGCCGCGGCAUAUGCACCAAAUCUGCUGUGGCCAUCGCUCGUAUUUUCUGGCACCACCGCCAACGCUUCGACGGCAAGCAAAUUUUCUGCAUUGGCAUGCAGCACGCCGGCGCCGCAGCAACCGCUCUCAUCGCAGCACUGGCCUAUAUCCCAGACGCCACAGACAGAACCAAUAACAUGUCUUAUCUUGAGGUCCUACACCACGCUCUCCAAGACAUGGCCCACGCUUACCAGCCCGCUGAACGUAUGGCCCAAGUUCUCAACGCCGUCAUGAUCGAGCUCCGUGGCGGGCCCAUCAGCCCAGGCAAACACAUAAGCUCAACCUCCUCUACCAUCCCAGCAAGACGGGGCAGCACUGUGAUGGACUUCGCCGAGCGUCCAACGAUGAAACGCCGCCAAACAGACACCACCCGUAAAUCCAAACCCAUGCCCCCUCCAACCUCCUCUCGCAACCACCGCACCAGCGACGCCAGCGCUGCUUCCCAGCCCCUACAACAUGGGAACGACUUCGUCAUGGUAACUCCCCGAACCGAAGGCUCCGGCUCCGGCUGGCCUGACGUUCACACCAUGGACACGUUCCAAGACCAAGCACUGUUACCCACCCCCGAUACAACGAACAUGAUCUCUCCCGGGCGACGGACAGACUGGCUGAACGGUGGGCUUGCGCCAGGAGAUUUCCCGACCAUGCCUUCGAUGGGGAUGAUGCCUGGACUGGACACGGAUACUUUUCCUGAAUUCUUGACGCUGCCUAAUGAUGAUGACUGGAGUCGGUGGCAUAAUGGGCCGGAUGUAACGCCGCAUGAUUUGGAUGGGAUGCAGUUUGGGAAGUUUACUUGA